AUGAGGAAGAAAGAUGUAGCUAAGAAAUCUCCCAUCAAAGAGGCAACAAAGAAUACAGUGCCAGAACCUGCCCCAGUUGAUUCUCCCAAGGUAGAAGCACAGAGAAGCAGAAGAGGAGGACCUGCAAAGAAAAAGCUCCCUACUCCUAAAAAGGAUUCACCUGUGAAAAAAGGGAAGAGGGCAGCUGCUGUUCCUAUGAAAACCAAACCUGUAGAAGAGGCUAAGCCUUCACCUGCAAAGAAACCUUCUCCAGUGAAGAAGACAAAAUCUGCAGUUGUUAAAACAGCUACACCUGUCAAGAAGACACCUGUUAAGAGAACUCGAAGGGGUGCUCCUGUUGAGAAACCAGUCAAGGCUGAAACUCCAAAGGCAGUAACACCUGUGAAGAGAACCAGAAGGGGUGGUCCAGUUAAACAGACACCUGUUAAGAAAGCAGAGGUAAAAACUGUAACUCCUGUGAAGACAGCACCAAUCAGCAAAAAGAGCAAUGUUUCAAAAACUGUCAAGGCUGAAACUCCAAAAAAAGCAACACCUGUGAAAAGGACUAGAAGGGGUGGUCCAGUUAAACAGACACCUGUUAAGAAAGCAGAGGUAAAAACUGUGACUCCUGUGAAGACAGUAUCAAUCAGUGCGAAGAAAUUGCCAGUGGAAAAAGCAUCAGAAGUGGAAGACAAAAUAGCUUCACCAGUGUCCCCAGUGAAGAGAAGCAGAAGCAGAAGGGGAGCCCCAGUUGCAAAAUCGCCAGCCAAGAAAGUAAAAUCAACCAAGAAGGUCGAGGCAAAGGCAUCACCUGUGAAAUCUCUCAAAAAGACACCAGCCAAGAAAGUGGAAAAGACAGCAACUCCUGCCAAAUCGCCAAAAAGGGCACCAUUGAGAAGAGGCAGACGAGGAGCAACGACUGUUCCAACACCUGUUAAAGCCUCUCCAGCAAAGCCUACCUCAACGCGUGGAACAAAGAGGAAAGCGAACGAAGAGCAGGAGAACCAGGCAAAGGUACCAAAACUUUCAGCUGCAAUUGAGAUUGCGAAGCCUUCACAUGUUAAGAAAAAUAAAAGAAGUGCUGUAUCAAAAACUGCCACACCAGCCAAGAUCAGUCCAGUAAAAGCAAAGCGUACAAGAGGUAAAGCAGCAACACCAUCAAAGAAUGUUAUUGUGGAGAAAGUAGACAGUCCUAAACCUAGUACAGGAAACAAGAAAAAGGUUAUUAAGGAAAACACCAAGCCUGUUUCCCCUGCCAAGGUUUCUCCAGCUAAGAAAGGUACAAAGGGAACUGCUAAAACUGCAAAGGUUGAUACCCCAGCCAAAGUAAGUCCAGUCAAAGCUAAACGUGCCACAAGGGGAAAACCUGCAAGCCCAGUGAAGAAAUCGCCAGUUAAACCAGCGAAGACCAACAAAAAGACAGCAAAAGCAGCCAGUCCUGCCAAAAAAGCUGCCACACCUAUAAAGCGUUCAACAAGAAGUAGGAAGUGA